GACGAUAAAGAGGCGCCGCGCUCUUUAAGGUCUAGUUCUUCCCCACUCCGUCUUCGUCUUCCCCAUCGCCCCAUCGUCCCUUGGGAGCCACAACGACAACACAGACAUGCAUACACACGGACCCUCACCCCCAUAUAAAUACAAGCAUACGCACAUACGCACAAGUCUGUCACCAUCACUGUACGCUGAAAAGACACCGGCGGGGGGCGUUAACGUUAACAUUGACACCGACGUUAACAUCGAUAUUGACAUCAACAGUCAACAGUCCGAAUCAACAGAAUCAAUCAGAAUCAGAAUCAGAACCAGAAUCAGGACCAGAAAAGUAGACUUGAAACAGGCCCAAUCAUCAACUUUUGAACCCUUGCUUGACGUCGUCGUCGUCGUCGUAUCGUAGCCGUAACGUCAUCGCAAUGAUAAUGAUAAAUAAUGAUGACGUUGGGCCUUGCAG